ACAGAAGUUAUUGAAAUUGAGAAAGGUGGUUAUGAUUCAGUGUUUAGCUCAAGGACACUUUGACAGGGCAUAUGGUUGUUGGAGGAUUAAAAGCAGAGACCUUGUGGUUGAUUUAGCCUCUGUGGGCAACGGCCAAUAUUUCUGUGGUUUCCGUGUGGGCAGUGCAGAAUGGAUUUCUGGGCAACGGGACAUCUGGGCCAAUCGGUUAUUGUUAACUCUUAAGAACUUGAGACACGAGGAUGGCGUUAAAGUUGAAAGAAGACGUACGCGACCGGAGUAUUUCACAAGUAGUCAUGCAGUCCAUUCAACCACACUCAGAGAGUAGCUGAUGGGCUCUGAGAUUGCAUUUUUGGCCUUUAGGAUUUUUCCAAAUGCGUUCCACCUUAUUUUUAUAUAGUGACUUGACCUGCAUGCAACAAAAGCCUGCUCACACGUGAUUGGUCAAUACCACUCGGACUACUAACGGAAACCAUAACAGCUCCCAUCUGAAUAUCUUGUUCCGUUCCCUACCGAUACUGCAUUCAUAUGCAGAUCUCUGUUUGUCGAGAUCAGUUCAGGCCAAUGCCUCCAAAAACAUCGCAGCCAUGUUGCAACGCGACGAUUUGAUCCCGUGCUGGGAUCAAAUAUGCGCAUCAUAUGAUUCAUAUUCUGGUUUGCUAUGCACAUUCAGCCGCCUAAGUGCAAUUACAUUUCAAAUGUAUUGACAGCUUGUUUUUCAAAUGAAAAUGAUACAGCCAGAGUGUCUGUCUUCAGUGUGUCUUGUGGGCGUUGGAGUGUUUCGACAGCUGUGGAUAAUUAGCUAUUCUAGCAUAAGUGCUGUUAUGAUUGUUGUGAUAUCUAUUACCUCUCUGGCUCAUUGUCGCUCUGGGCUGGGUGUUUGGAAGAUUUAUUUUAAACUCGAUUGAAUUAAACAUGCAUGCGUCGACAAAAGCUAUAUUGUUGCCAUAUAAAACACAUUUCAGCCAUCGCGCUAUUUGACGGCCACUGAGGGAGACGCCGUGACAGCGGCUGACAUGUGAGACAUUCCUUAUUAUGAAGACUUGGCUGCAGCACCAGGUGAAAUAUGCUCUGCCAUACUGGAAAAUGUAGAUUAAUUAUGCAGCUAUCUCCAUCCAUAAUUCAGUAGCCUAGGCUGCUUUUUAACGGCAGCUUGGACGAUGCCCAAAAAACUAAGUUAUUACUGCAUAUUAUGAUUUAUGAAACUUUGAUUAUUGAGAUUAUCUUCAAAAGUCUGAUGGAUUUACCUGUCUGCCUUUUUCACACUGCAUUGCCCAUGUUGUGCUUUCUUGAGCAGGUGAUUGUAUCUGCCCGUUGUGAAAAGUGUGUUCUAAUGACAGGUAUUUGUUUUAGAGAGUUAGUCAAAUGGAUGUUCUUGUUCUGAAAGAGGACACUAACCAAAUGGGUAGCUGGAAGUGUUUUUCUUGCAGGGUGCUUGUUGAGGUCGGAUCCGUCUAGUCUUACCUGUUAUGGCCGCAGGUUAUCAGACCUUUGGCACCUGCCCGGCUAGCCUUCCUGCUUCAUGUGAAACUGACCUGGCUGUGUUCUGCCGGUGUUUACUGCUGACUCAUCAGUAAUGAGUUAAGGAGGUGACUACGCCUCUACUGCAUCAGAGAUGCAUAACUGAGGCAUUGAUCUCAUCAGAAAUGAAUUAGCGUUAAAGUGGUCUGCUGAGAAGGCCAUCAUAGACCUGCUCAGAAAGGUAGAGUCCAGAGGGGUUAAAAGCUGGAGGUAAAGGGUCAAGUGUGAAGGAGUACAGUAAGUAACAAAGCAAGAACAGAAUUAAGCAAUAUGGUAAAUACAAACUAUACAAUUUAAAAGGAAGAAAAACGAAAUGGGGAAAGAUAAAUGCAUUGUGACAGAGAAUGGAAAGCAGGACAUACAGGUACCAAUGGGCAGCGCCCUUCACUACCUUAUAACCUGGUAUGAUCCGUAAUCAUUUCCUUACAAUCACUCACUAUCUUGAUUGACCCCGGUGUCAUUUGCAGUGUGGAGUUCUGUGAUUAUGAAUUAUAGCUAUAGGUCCAGAGGUAAUAGACAGAGAGAUGAGGGAUAGGUUGCUUAUUAUCAUUUAGCUUGGACAGACUUUGACCUUUGCUCUCUGCCAUGUUCAGACACUUUGUGAUCUGGCACUAGACUGAGAUUGGAGUUUUUAACAGGGUUUGAGCUUUUAAAAUCUCAAGCAGGUUUAUUUUGCAAUGGCAGAAUGUCAACUACACUAUAAACUGAAUGUUUACCUAAAUGCAACAACCAAAGAAAUGUAAUUACUAAUAAGUAACUGUAAAGUGGCACUCCUGCAAGGCGCUUCCUGUAAACAUACACACGUUAAUGUGUCUUUCACAGGAAAAUGGGAGCCUGAUGUGUCAGCACUCAGCAGUGAUAAAAGCUAUCCCGGAUCGUUUUACAAUUCCUCGCCUUCUUUAGAACAAACGCUUGAGUGGAAUAUAAUGAUAUUUGGGUUAUUGAUGAGUAGAGCGACUGACCCAUCUGUUGCAGGAUUGUGGUGCUGCAGAAAUAGGGUUUCAGGACUGUGGAAAUUCAAUCCGCUAAACCCUGCCAGUGUUUAUUCGUUUCUAAUUUAUUUAUGCAAUUAGCCCGUUGUUGUUUUAACUUGCAGCCUCACUCACAGACACACACACAAUGCACAGAUUCCAAGAAAUGAAACAACCAAAUUAUCCCACACAAAUAAGAAUGACUAUGAUCCCAUAAUACAGAUCAGUGCAUAACAAUGUAGCAGUGCAUUCACACUUGUGUAGAUAGUACUAUCGGAAUAAGGAGAGUACUUUGUGAAUCACAUGGCGUUACAGAUAACAUUCUAUAUCGCAUUACUGGAGACAGUUUGAAACGAACUGUAUCUGCGUCCAUGCAAACUAAUGAGACAGAUAUGAAGAGCAGAGACCUGUGGCGGGGGAACACUUGUGUUGCACAGGCAGCACAGUGGAGCCGAAGCGACAUGCAGUGAUCUCCCGGUGGAUGGUUCCCGCCUCAGGGAUGUCAUCUGACCCAUGAGCCUGACCACCAGACCUUUACGGCGCUAUCGGGCUUCUGGCCCUUUAAAAGCGGAGCCCCGGCGAUGCCCCUCCGCAGCGCUGAAGGAGCUCCAUGCGGCUUCUUCUGGUCGUCUGCACGGGCACUUGUGAGCCGCUCGGCAUCGCAUUGGAGGCAGGGGAUCGUUCAAAUCGCGCCCGAUGAAGACUUCCCGCGUGCGGCAGGACCUGCUUGCUCGUCCGGCGGUUACCGCAAGGCAGAUGAUGAGAUGUCCGGGACCACUUCCCAGGCGGAUCCGGUGGACGCCACCGCGCGGGCGGUGCUGCUCAACCGGCCACAGAACACCAAGUUCUGCGACAACCAUGUCAGUACGACCAAGUAUGGGAUUCUCACCUUCCUGCCUCGGUUCUUGUAUGAGCAGAUCAGGCGGGCUGCCAACGCCUUCUUCCUGUUCAUCGCACUCAUGCAGCAAAUCCCUGAUGUAUCGCCGACCGGUCGCUACACCACACUGGUCCCACUCAUCUUCAUCCUCACGGUGGCCGGUAUCAAAGAGAUCAUAGAGGACUAUCAAAGACACAAAGCAGACAACACUGUGAACAACAAGAAGACAACAGUGUUGCGGAGUGGAGCCUGGCAGACGAUCAUAUGGAAACAGGUGGCAGUAGGAGACAUAGUGAAGGUGACCAAUGGCCAGCACCUUCCGGCUGACAUGGUUAUUGUGUCCUCCAGCGAGCCUCAGGCCAUGUGUUACACUGAGACCUCAAACCUGGAUGGAGAAACCAACCUGAAGAUCAGACAGGGUCUCUCGGUCACGGCUGCCUUUCAGACUCUGGAGGAUUUGGUUGCGCUGUCUGGCCGUUUGGAGUGUGAAGAACCCAACAGACACCUGUAUGACUUCACCGGCACACUGCGGCUGGAGAACCAGAAUCCGGUACCCCUGGGCCCAGACCAGGUCUUGCUGCGCGGCGCUCAGCUCAGAAACACGCAGUGGGUUGUGGGAAUUAUUGUCUACACUGGCCAUGACUCCAAACUGAUGCAGAAUUCCACCAAGGCACCACUGAAGCGCUCGAAUGUGGAGCGGGUGACCAACAUGCAGAUCCUGGUCUUGUUUGGCAUCCUGCUGGUCAUGGCCCUGAUCAGCUCUGUGGGUGCAGCCAUCUGGAACGACAAACACACUGAAGAGUCCUGCUGGUACCUGUCCAGGGUUGGUGACAUCUCCACUAACUUUGCAUAUAACCUGCUGACGUUCAUCAUCCUGUACAACAACCUGAUCCCCAUCAGCCUGCUGGUCACUCUGGAGGUGGUCAAGUUCACACAGGCCCUCUUCAUCAACUGGGACAUGGAGAUGUACUACUCAGAGACAGACACGCCGGCCAUGGCUCGCACGUCCAAUCUUAAUGAAGAACUGGGCCAGGUGAAGUAUCUCUUUUCCGACAAGACCGGAACUCUGACCUGUAACAUCAUGAACUUCAAGAAGUGUACAAUUGCGGGAAUUACAUAUGGCCACUUCCCUGAUCUCGACUGUGAUCGUUCAAUGGAUGACUUCAGCAAUCUGCCGUCCAGCAGCAAUAACUCUACAGAGUUUGACGACCCAACUCUCAACCAAAACAUCGAGAAUCAUCCUACAUCACCUCAGAUCUGUGAAUUCCUGACAAUGAUGGCAGUGUGCCACACGGUGGUCCCAGAGAGAGAGGAGGACCAGAUCAUUUACCAGUCCUCUUCUCCAGAUGAAGGAGCGCUGGUCAAAGGGGCCAAAGGGCUGGGGUUUGUCUUCACGGCCAGAACCCCGCAUUCAGUCAUAAUUGAAGCUAGAGGAAAAGAGAUGAGCUAUGAGCUUCUAAAUGUGCUGGAGUUUUCCAGUAACCGCAAGCGCAUGUCUGUGGUGGUCCGAACCCCCAAUGGGAAGCUACGGCUGUACUGCAAAGGAGCGGAUAAUGUCAUUUUUGAGCGUCUGACUGAGACGUCCCAGUACAAAGAAUUAACUAUUGCUCAUCUGGAACAGUUUGCGACUGAAGGACUGAGGACUCUGUGCUUUGCCUAUGUGGACCUGGAGGAAGACGCCUACCAGGAGUGGCUAAAGGAAUACAAUCGAGUCAGCACUGUGCUCAAAGACCGCGCUCAGAAACUAGAGGAGUGUUAUGAACUACUUGAAAAGAACUUACUUCUGUUGGGCGCCACGGCCAUCGAGGACCGCCUGCAGGCCGGCGUGCCAGAAACCAUCGCCACUCUGAUGAAGGCCGGCAUCAAGAUCUGGGUCCUCACUGGAGACAAGCAGGAGACUGCCAUCAACAUAGGUUACUCCUGUCGUCUGGUGACACACGGCAUGUCCCUCAUCAUUGUCAACGAGGACUCUCUGGAUGCUACCCGUGCCACGCUGACCGCUCACUGUUCAUCCCUGGGCGACUCUCUGAGGAAGGAAAAUGAGCUGGCGCUGAUCAUCGAUGGUCAGACGCUGAAGUAUGCGCUGUCCUUUGAGCUCCGCCAGGCCUUCCUGGACUUGGCGUUGUCCUGCAAGGCUGUCAUCUGCUGCCGAGUUUCUCCGCUGCAGAAGUCUGAGAUUGUGGAUAUGGUGAAGAAACACGUGAAGGCCAUCACGCUGGCGAUCGGCGACGGUGCAAACGAUGUGGGCAUGAUUCAGACGGCGCACGUUGGAGUGGGGAUCAGCGGCAACGAGGGCAUGCAGGCCACCAACUCUUCUGACUACUCCAUAGCACAGUUCUGCUACUUAGAGAAGCUGCUAUUGGUCCACGGGGCAUGGAGCUACAACCGUGUCACAAAGUGCAUCCUCUACUGUUUCUAUAAGAACGUGGUCCUCUACAUUAUAGAGCUCUGGUUCGCCUUUGUGAACGGGUUCUCUGGCCAGAUCCUUUUUGAGCGCUGGUGUAUCGGCCUCUACAACGUGAUAUUUACUGCACUGCCUCCGUUCACUCUGGGGAUAUUUGAUCGGCCGUGCAGCCAGCAGAACAUGCUCCGUUUCCCACAGCUCUACCGAAUCACCCAGAAUGCAGAGGGAUUCAACACCAAGGUGUUUUGGGGUACCUGUAUCAAUGCACUGAUUCACUCAGUUAUUCUCUUUUGGUUUCCACUCAAAAUGUUAGAGCACGACUCUCCCUUCAGUGACGGUCAGGGAAAUGACUACUUGUUUGUUGGGAAUAUGGUCUACACAUAUGUGGUUGUUACAGUAUGUCUGAAAGCUGGAAUGGAGACCACAGCUUGGACCAGGUUUUCCCACCUGGCGGUAUGGGGGAGCAUAGCGCUCUGGAUGGUCUUCUUCGCUGUCUACUCUGCAAUCUGGCCCACCAUCCCCAUCGCCCCCGACAUGCUGGGCCAGGCUGGCAAGGUGAUGCAGUGCUGGUACUUCUGGCUGGGCCUGGUCCUGGUGCCCACCGCGUGUUUAGUCAAAGACUUCGCUUGGACCACCACACGUCGCACUGUGAGGAAGUCUCUCCUCGAGGAGGUGCAGGAGUUGGAGGCUCGGGCGGUAGACCCAGGGGCAGCUGUACUUAGGGAUGCCAGCGGCCGCAGUCUAAACGAACGGGCCCAUCUGCUGACAAGAGUCUUUAAGAAAACGUCUUCAAGCGUCGGACGCUCCAACUCGGUGCAGCAGACUGUGUCACAUGGCUACGCCUUCUCUCAAGAGGAGCACGGCGUCGUGUCUCAGGCCGAGGUCGUGCGCUCCUACGACACCACGCGCGAACGCCCCAGCCUCUAGCGCUCCCCCUGACCAAGGCUGUGGCUCACCGUAGCAACGGUUAUCAAGGAGGGUGUCACGGUCAGGCGUGGAGGCCGAAGAGGAGGGACCAGGCCGAAAAUAUUCUUCAAACUCGUAUAAGCUGCACAGACAUUAACAAUCAUAUCCGCGCACAGACAUGACAAGUCAAGCUCAGAGACUGCUGCUCAUAUCUGUAUACCCCACAGACUGGGUUUGCUUCAUGCCACUGUGUGUUUAUCUGUGUGUGUGUGUGUGUGUGUGUGUGUGUGUGUGCAUUCCAGUGCGUCUGUAUCUGCCUGUGCAUGUACUUCUGCACGCAUUGGCGCUCCUGUAUUCGUGUGCAUGUGUGUCGGCCCGCGUGUGUUUGCUCCCACGCUUCUCUCUCGUGAAGGAGUCUUAGCUCGUCCGUCAUCACAUGCCGACGCGGGACGGGAAGACGACGUCAAAAUAAACACGCGCAAUGUACACGCACUGCUGAAUUCCUUCAGAAAAGGGAAGGAGCGAAGGAAGCAAAGACCGAGGACCGCCGGAGCCCCGAACCCCAGCUAACCUGUCCCAUCGCAACAUCAAGCCUCACUGCCAAACACCAGAGAGACGCCACUGAGGCAGAACGCUGAUGCCAAACUGGACCCCCCCCCCCACCCCUCCCCCACACGCCCUCUUGCUUAUCUCCCCUUGCGCCUUCAUCUCUUCCUUCCGAUCGCUCCGUCUUCUCGCCGCUCUGCGGCCUCCACGUCUCUCCUCUAGCACGUCUCCUCGUCUCGGCCGGUUUUUAAAGAUCCACUUUGUUUCCAGUUGUUUCCGACCGCUCCUGUGAUUCCUGUCAAGAGCUUCGGCAGCUGACGCCGAAGCAGCGAGCCUGGCAUUAGAGCUUCCUCCAUCCGUUUUCUUGGAUUUCCAUUCCUUACAGGACUGUUUCGUUCUUUUUUUAAUAUUAAAGUUAACGAAUGUGUUUAUAUAUA